AUGGCCCUACGACAGAACUGGCAGCACAAUCUGUGCUCCAUGGACAGCUGCGGCUCUUGCUGCGGAGCCUACUUUUGCUCUCCCUGCAUCUACGGCCGCACGGCCUGGCGCCUCGAGCAAUACCCACAAGACCCUUCGUCCUCAUCACACGGCUUCGAGUGGUUCAACAUACCCUGUCUAGCCAUGUUUGCAGGCUGGGCGUUUGCAAUCCCCUGCGUGUCCAUCUGGAUGCAGCGCCACGCCAUCAGAAAACGCUUCAAUGUCGACGGCAAUGGCUGCACGGAUUGUCUCGCCAGCACCUUNUGCGGCUGCUGUGCGCAGGCUCAACAUGAGAAUGAGCUCAAGGAGCGUGCUGGGAUCGAGACGUCGAUGGUGGAUGCUGCGCCAGGGAGGGUGCAGCCUAUGGUGUACCAGCAGCCCGUUGGAUCUGCACCUGCACCUGCACCUGCACCGGCGCCGCAGGCCAUGGUUCCUCCUCCAUUAUACAAGGCCGAUUGA